CUGCUCGGCCCUGGUCGCUGUGACUGACUAUCUAAAUUGACAAUUUUAUGGACAAUAACGGUCCAUGCAGUAGAUAAGUCUAUCUACAACCGUACAUUUUUUUUAAAAAUUCUACCCGUAUUGACAAGUUUAAUAAAUAUAAAUGUGUGUUCAGAGACUUAUUGAGCAAGGGGGACCUGAAAUGAAUGUUUGUGAAUGGCAGUGCAGUGAAUGGAGCAGGGUGUUUUGGUAGGUUUAGGGUGGACACAUUGAGCCCGUCACUGACACGCAGGUCGGCGUGGUGUCUGCCUACAGUGUUGCUGUGAAGACGGAAGUGACAGCAGGACUUCCCUCUGGCCAAUAAUUCAAUCCUUUGGAAACAGUUACAGGAAUACACCACCGCUUGCCCAGACAUGUCUACCGCGUACAGAAACAGAAUACAGGAAUUCAAAGUAGCCCUGAGUGAAGAGAACAUAAACUUGAAGACACUGAGGGAGCUGUGCUUCAAUGGAGUCCCGUUUGAAGGAGGCAUACGAGCACUUUGCUGGAAAAUCCUUCUUAAUUACCUACCUCUGGAUCAGACAUUAUGGGACUCUUUCCUCAAAAAGCAGAGGGAGGUGUACUCCCAGUUCUUGAAAGAAAUGAUCAUCCAGCCCGGUAUCGCCAAAGCCAACCUGGGCCUCUCCAGAGAAGACGUGACUAUGGAGGACCACCCUCUAAAUCCGAACCCAGACAGCAGGUGGAACACCUACUUCAAAGAUAAUGAAAUACUACUACAGAUUGACAAGGAUGUAAGGCGGCUGUAUCCAGACAUGGCGUUCUUCCAGCGUCCUACGGAAUACCCUUGCCAACUUAUCUUGGACCCCCAGAAUGAUUAUGAGACGCUGCGUCGGCGAGUGGAACAAACCACCCUGAAAGCACAAACUGUAAAUCGCAACCGCAGUGGAGUCACCAAUGUCAGCUCCCCUGGAAAGGCUUUGAACCUGUAUCCAUCUAAUGAAUAUGAGGUGCUGCCCAAUGGGAGUGAAGCACACUGGGAGGUGGUGGAGCGUAUCCUCUUCAUCUACGCCAAACUCAACCCCGGGAUCGCCUACGUACAGGGCAUGAACGAGAUUGUUGGGCCGAUUUACUACACGUUUGCCACGGACCCUAACAGCCAGUGGAAAGAGCACGCUGAAGCAGAUACAUUCUUCUGUUUCACCAACCUGAUGUCUGAGAAUAGAGACAACUUCAUCAAGAGCCUGGAUGACUCCCAGUGCGGCAUCACCUACAAGAUGGAGAGUGUCUACUCCAUGCUCAAAGACAAAGACCUGGAGCUCUAUCUCAAGCUGGAAGAGCAGAACAUCAAACCCCAGUAUUUCACAUUCCGCUGGCUGACCCUGUUGUUGUCUCAGGAGUUCCUCCUGCCAGACGUCAUCCGCAUCUGGGACACCCUGUUUUCUGACCAGGACCGCUUCCAUUUCCUCAUCCUGGUCUGCUGUGCCAUGCUCAUACUUAUCCGAGAUAACCUACUGGCAGGAGACUUCACAGUCAAUAUGAGAUUACUGCAGGAUUACCCCAUCUCAGAUGUCCACACCAUCUUGACCAAGGCCAAAGAGCUGCAGGAUAACUCCUAACCUGUUCGCUCUUUUCCUCCUGCCCCCUCUGCUCAGAUGUGGUAGGUGGGAGCUCAAACAUUUAAAAAAAAAAAAACAUUGUCAUGUCAAACAUGUAUGGUGGAAGGACUUGAUCAAUGAAGAGCUUGAACAGUUGUGUUGGGGGAAAACCCAACAUACUGCUUUUUAACUCGAUGUCUGAUGUUUGGUCAGUGGGGACUGGUCUGGAAACCUGGAGGACAUGCCGAAACUAUUGCUUCCUCCAAGUGAGGAGGAGAUGCCACUUGCUUCUCAAUGCUUUAUGGGAAAAGGCUACCUUGGUACGUGGUCGUCCUCCCCUCACUGCCAUCUCUCCCAUGGAGACUCAUUGUGCUCAGAUAAUAAUGAUAAACAUCUAAGGGAGAGGGAGCCACAUUAAUCCUACACUACCGAUCUUAGUUUGCCAUGAAAACAUACCGGAAAUGUUCAAAUAUGGAGCCAAGAAUUUAACAAAUAUCCCUCAGCGACCACGUAUGUAGUCAGAUUCAGAAAAUGUUCAGUUGGGUUGAGCAAUAGUGCAUGUUUGUUCUUUUAAGGGUUUUUUUAUUUUAAUUUUUAGAAGUUGAACGUUUUUUAAUGUAUGGAACAUGUAUGCCUUAUCUGUUUAAUAAUGAUGUGAAACAGGAGACAGUAUUCAUGGGUCAAUUUUCUGUCUGGAUAAGAUAAAUAU